CUGUGGAGAGGCAGCUCUUCCUCGCCUUCUCUCUGCGCGUCGGCCCGGGAGAGCGUUCUCUCUGAGGCAGCGCAAGCCAGCCAGCACGCUGAGUGGAGCUGAAGCCGACAGGGUGGAGGCCGUGGCAGGGGGCGGCCCAUGGCAGUGGGGGGGUCGGGCGCCGUCCGUCAACCAGCACCGGGAGGGGCGCUGGGGAUUUGGCUGGGUGUGGGGCAGCCCUGGGGUACCCAGGGGCCAGAGGCCAGGAAAGCCGAGGCCCUGGCUGACAGGUGGGUCCAGCGUGGAGCGGGGGGGCCGGCCUGGGGCCAGCGGAGGUGCAGGCGGGGGCAUGCGGUGCUCACUGAGGGUGUGGGUGCUGCUGGGUUCCCUGGGCCUCGUCUUUCUCACCUCCCUCUUCUUCUCCGUCUCCCUGAGGGGGGGUGUGGGCCUGCCCUACCUGGACCCCCCUGGGUGGGAGGAGUCCCGGCGAGUCAAGCUGGUGCCUAACUAUGCUGGAGCCCACAGGCUCCACCCCCUGGAGGGCAUUCAGCAGCAGAAGACAUGUGCCUGCCCGCGCUGUGUGGGGGACCCCGGGGUGUCGGACUGGUUCGAUGAGAACUAUGACCCGGACAUCUCCCCCGUGUGGACACGGGACAACAUCCAGCUGCCUUCAGACGUCUACUACUGGUGGGUGAUGCUGCAGCCUCAGUUCAAGCCCCACACCAUCCAGCAGGUGCUCCUGCGGCUGUUCCAGGUGAUCCCCGGCCGCUCGCCGUACGGCUCCUGGGACCCGGCCCGCUGCCUGCGCUGCGCCGUGGUGGGGAAUUCCGGCAACCUGCGCGGCGCCGGAUACGGGCCCAUCAUAGACGGCCACAACUACGUCAUGAGGAUCAACCUGGCCCCUACAGUGGGCUAUGAGGAGGAUGCAGGCAGCCACACAACCCACCACUUCAUGUACCCAGAAAGUGCCAAAAACCUGGCAGCCAAUAUCAGCUUUGUCCUGGUGCCCUUCAAGACCCUGGACCUGCUGUGGAUUACCAGUGCCCUGUCCACUGGACAGAUCCGCUUUACCUAUGCACCUGUGAAGCAAUUUCUACGGGUGGACAAGGACAAGGUUCAGAUCUUCAACCCCGCCUUCUUCAAGUACAUCCAUGACCACUGGACCAGGCACCACGGACGCUACCCCUCCACCGGCAUGCUGGUCCUGUUCUUUGCUCUGCACGUGUGUGACGAGGUGAAUGUGUUUGGCUUUGGCGCUGACAGCCGAGGCAACUGGCACCACUAUUGGGAGCAGAAUCGAUACUCCGGAGAGUUUCGUAAAACAGGAGUACAUGAUGCAGACUAUGAGGCCCAGAUAAUUGACUCUCUGGCCAAGGCCCGGAAAAUUAGGGUUUUCCCAGGAAAGUGAGAAAGACUGGUGGUGUUGUGGGCUGGACAGGACACACUGGCAGGAACACUAGAGUACCCAUCACCACCAGACUUUUCAUGUGCUUAGUCAUCUGCGUGUUUAUGCUUUGCAUAGAGAGGGCUUCGAAACCCUCCAUCAUACAAUGCCUGCCGCCCCCGUUUCCAUUUUGCAGGAUGCUAAGAUGUUGAUGAUUGUGGGUGGGACUGCAGUCCACCCCCAACAGGCCUGUCUCCAUAGCCCUCAACCUGAGUGUAAAGGGACAGUAAUACUUCAGGGCUCCUGGAGUGGGGAGUCUGGCCGAGGCACCGCAUGGACCUGUUCAAUCAAAAACCACGCCCCUUCCUACUCAACCAAUGGGGAAAGAGUUAAUACAAGCCUUAGGGGUGUCACACCCAAAGACUCAGCCCCCUCCCCAUUCUGUAUUCCACACCCAAGAUGUCAUGGCAACCAGUGACGGCCACUGAUCUAUUCCUGCCAUGUCCACACCCCCAUGUAGCCCUGCUGCUGAGUCUCGCGUCCCUGGGAGCUGGGAGUACUUGUUAACUGACGUUUACAUGCUUUGAAGCCCAGAGACAAUUUCAAAAGAAUAGUUCCUGUUGAAAUUAUAUUACAGGGAUUUUACAUAAACAGUAUUAACCAUUUUGUUUGCUUUAACCACUUUAAUUGACUAAUUAUCCUUUUGAUUAGGUAGAUAAGGGAGAGGCUUACACACAGUCAGUUAUAACACUACCAGACUUUACGCUGAACCACCACGUAUUCUCCCACACACACACAAGCUGAUACAACGUUCUUAGCGAAAUUAAUGCUAAUACCUUUAAUUGAUGCGUGUUGAGUUGGAGCCCACACUGAGGUGACCCGCUGCCUCCUGCUGGCUGUUAAAGGACACUGCAUCACUCUGAGGCCCAGACAUUGUGCAACGUACAUAGGACACAGUGAAAAAUGCCUCUUCAGUGUUGGAAGUUGAUCACUUGUUGGCUGAAAGUCAUACGGCUGAACAUAUCUAAACCGACUGCUGGUAAAAAAAAAAAAAAAAAAACAUAUUCAGAGCCCUGGCUGC